AUUGGCUGGCCUCCCUGUCGAAGCAAAGACUGGAUCGCUCUGACUGGAGGAGGGUUGAAACUAGAGACCCGAGUUCGCCAUGCUGACUCACGCAGCGCUGUGUUUUACUCUGCAAUGUGCUGGGAUUGAUCCGAAAUGGUGCCCGUUUCGUCUCGCUCUUCUUGCGAUCUAUGCAUUUUGUGCAGGGUUUGUUGUGUUUGGUUGGUGUGCAAUUGUUUUUCUCUCUGUUUUAGUUGCUGAUGCUAUUGAAACGGCUCAAAUCCUAAACGAAAGGCUUGAAAAGUAGUAGUUCAGAAAUAAAGACACAGCAGACACUUUCUCCGUAAGCAGAGAGAGAGAGAGAGGGAGAGACGGAGAGUAAUUCAAUAGUCUUGUCUCCUUUUCUUCAGUGAGAACGGAUCAGCCUCACUCAAAGGAAGUUUCUGAGAUGGAAGCAGCUCACAUCAGCCCAGAGCUUCCUAUUCAAUGGGUUGUUUCUGCAGACAGGACUGUUGAGAUCAAGGAGGAAGUGACUGAGCUGGGGUGUGACCAGGCCAAUGAGCGGAUCCUGCAGGAGGAAACGCCACCUUCUAGUAUCACUGAGAGAGAUACCGAUAUAAAGCUUUCUGAACUGGAACCUGUCCCCAUUCAAGAGGAGAGUCCUGUACUUGAACCUGUCCCUGUUAAACCAGAAGCAGUCAAGCGUGAGGCUUUAUUAAAUGAAGGAGAGACAUCUCAUGACUUGUAUAGUAAUGGAGAGGAUGGGGCUGAGCUGGGUUCCAUUCAGAGGAAACGGCGCAUCUCCCAGCUGGAGGCUAUCCAAACACAUCCUUCAUCACAACAGCAACCAAGGGCUUCCCGUAUGCACGCCCCGCCAUCGUCCUCGGCUAAUCGCUUCAGGAUGGCGGCGAGUAACCACAGAGAUAAAGAGCGACAGUGUGGAGCGUUAACUUCGUCUCAUUCAAAGGAGAAAGAGGAGCUUGUUCCAAAGAAAUGCUCGUCUUCAGCAGUUUGGGCUUUUUUCGGAUUCAAAUCGUCCGAUUUUAAGCAAAGCACCAUACUUUGUAAAAAAUGUUGGAAAGUCGUGCCAGCCAAAGGAGGCAACACAUCAAACCUAUUUCAUCACCUGAGGCACCGACAUCCAAUGGAGUACAGUAAAUGCAUUGAAAAACGAUCCUCUGACAAGCCUACUAAACACUCGGUCAUCGAAAACCAAACCCCGAUCUCUGAAUCAAUUUCUAAUGUUGCGCCCUAUGAGCCAGACAGUAAACGAUGGAAACAGAUUACCGAUGCAGUAACCUAUUUCAUUGCCAAAGACAUGGUUCCUAUCUACACUGUAGAAAAAGAAGGCUUUAAAAAGCUGUUGAAAAUGAUCGACAAGAAAUAUCAGCUGCCAAGUCGCAAGUAUUUUUCAGAAACGGCUUUGCCAGCUUUGUACGAUGACUGUCGUGAGCAAGUAGCCGAAGCGCUGACCCGCGUACAAUUCUUUGCAAGUACCACAGACCUGUGGUCAAGCCAGACCACUGAGCCAUACAUCAGCCUAACUGUACACUACAUUGAUCCUGAUUGGAAAUUAUGCACAAAGUGCCUACAAACCUCGUACUUCCCUGAGGAUCACACUGGUGAAGCAAUCGCACAGGGUCUGCGAGAUGCUCUGUCUGCCUGGGGCCUGAGGGAAGAGCUGCAAAUCUGCAUCACCACAGACAGCGGGUCAGAUGUCGUCAAAGCUGCACAACUAAAUGCAUGGGAGAGACUCCAGUGCUUCGGACACAGGCUUCACCUUGCUAUCGAAAACAGCGUGAAAGGUGAUAAGCGCAUAGACCAUGCCAUUGGUGUGUGUAAGAAGCUGGUGAGCACCUUCUCAUGCAGCUGGAAGAAACGAAAAGCACUGAGUGUAGCACAAGCUGAGCUCAGUCUUCCUCAGCACCAGCUGGUAACAGAAACACCCACUCGCUGGGGAUCACGUCAACGAAUGAUCCAAAGGGUGCUGGAACAGGAAGAAGCAAUCGCACAAGUCCUGACUGCUGACCGAAAAACCAGGAACUUGGUGCCUACAUGGCAGGACGCCGAUGUGCUUCGGUCAUUGAAUAAGGCUUUGAGCCCACUGGUGGCCUUCACAGACGUUCUGUCAUGUGAAAACUAUGUCAGUGUCUCCUAUGUCAAACCUGUUUUGCAUCUGCUUAACAACAAUAUUCUUGCUGUUGAGGAAGAUGACACUGAACUCACCAAGUCAAUCAAAGAGAAGAUUCUGAGUUACCUCAACUUGAAGUAUUCCAGUACAGACACCCAAGAUCUACUUGAUGUUUCAUCUUUUAUCGACCCUAGGUUCAAAGUGCAGUACAUCAGUGAGGACAGGGUUGCAGCAAUCAAAGCUAGAGUGGUGUCGGAGGUGGAAUCUCUUCUCCAGCAGGACAAGAGCUUUGCUGCCGGAGCCAGUAACACUGAAACCGAAUCUCAGGAAGCACCUGCUAAGAAACUGAAGACCUUGGGUAGCCUAUUCAAGGCAAACACGUCGGGACCUCGUGCCUCCAAGCUAGUGUCUGAAAAAGACAAAAUUGUACUAGAACUAAAUCAUUAUCUACUUUCUCCUUUGGCUGACAGUGAAUCGGAUCCAUUGAUCUGGUGGAAAGCUCAGCAGACCAACUUCCCUAGACUCUGCAAACUUGCACAGAAGUAUUUGUGCAUACCAGCAACAAGUGCUGCAUGUGAGAGAGUUUUCAGUACCUGUGGUAACAUUGUUACAUGCAAACAGACAAGACUAAAACCUGAUACUGUUGACAAACUCGUGUUUUUGGCAAAAAACAUAUAAAAUAUUGUGUUUAAUAUCAUGUUUGACAACAAUGCAGCAAAUGUACACGGGAGAGAAACCAUAUCACUAAUGUAUGUGAGAAUAAGUUACAACACUAAGAUGACACCAGCAUCUUCACACAGGAGAGAAACCACACCUCUAAUGAAUG